AAAAUCUGGCAACUCUGAAUUUAUUUGCAUUGCCGAAUCGGCAGACCAGCCCAGCCCGCGCCGACGUCCCCGGAAAACAGUUCUCCAAUCCCAACGAGCCGCUAGCGAUCCCAUUCGGAUCGCAGUCCGUGAUUCCCGUUCGAGUGCCGCAUGAGCUGGCAGCGACACAGCGCCCAUUUGCUCAGACGACUCCAAUUCCGGACGCGAGACCGGAGCCCCAUUAUUCAAUUAGCCGGCGGAGGACGGAGCAUCGCACACCGCCUGUCGUGGAAGAUGACGGACCAGGUCAAGUAUCUGGACACGCCGGACAAGUCGGAGACGGACAAGAAGCUGUACAAGACGCUGCUCUUGGGCAAUGGCUUGCAUGCCCUCAUAGUCUCGGAUCCGAGUCCCGUGCCGCACGAUGGCUUCACCACCUCGGAGUCCUCGUCGGAGAAGUCCUGCGAAUGCGAGGAGACCAGCAGUUCGGUGACCACAAGCAGCGAUUCCAGCUCGUCGAGCUCCUCGGAUAGCGGCAGCAGCAUGGAAUCGGGUAGCGAGGAGGGCGACGAGAAGCUGGCCGCCUGCGCCUUGAUGAUCGACUAUGGAUCCUUUGCCGAGCCCACAAAGUACCAAGGAUUGGCGCACUUCCUCGAGCACAUGAUCUUCAUGGGCUCCGAGAAGUACCCCGAGGAGAACAUCUUCGAUGCGCAUAUCAAGAAAUGCGGCGGCUUUAGCAACGCCAACACCGACUGCGAGGAGACGCUCUUCUACUUUGAGGUUGCCGAGAAGCAUUUGGACUCCAGCUUGGACUAUUUCACGGCCCUGAUGAAGGCUCCGCUGAUGAAGCAGGAGGCCAUGCAGCGUGAACGCAGCGCCGUGGACUCGGAGUUCCAGCAGAUCUUGCAGGAUGACGAGACAAGGCGGGAUCAGCUGCUGGCCAGUCUGGCCACCAAAGGUUUCCCCCACGGCACCUUCGCCUGGGGCAAUAUGAAGUCGCUGAGAGAGAAUGUGGACGACGCGGAGUUGCACAAGGUUCUGCACGAGAUCCGCAAGGAGCACUAUGGCGCCAAUCGUAUGUACGUUUGCCUGCAAGCCCGAUUGCCCAUUGAUGAGUUGGAAUCGCUGGUGGUGCGCCAUUUCUCGGAGAUUCCGCACAACGAUGUUCGGGCUCCCGAUUUGAGCAAGUUCAACUAUAGGGACGCCUUCAGACCGGAGUUCCACGAGCAGGUGUUCUUCGUGAAGCCCGUGGAGAACGAGUGCAAGCUGGAGCUGACCUGGGUGUUACCCAAUGUGCACCAGUAUUACCGCAGCAAACCCGAUCAGUUUCUGUCGUAUCUGCUGGGCUACGAGGGACGUGGCAGCUUGUGCGCCUACCUGAGACGCCGCCUGUGGGCUCUCCAUCUGAUUGCCGGCAUCGAGGAGAACGGCUUCGACACGAACUCCAUGUAUGCUCUGUUUAACGUAUGCAUUUAUCUCACGGAUGAGGGUUUCAAGAAUCUGGACGAUGUUCUGGCCGCCACUUUUGCCUAUGUCAAGCUCUUCUCCAACUGUGGAUCAAUGAAGGAGGUCUAUGAGGAGCAGCAGCGCAUCGAGGAGACGGGAUUCCGGUUCCAGGCUCAGCGACCUGCUUUCGACAACGUUCAGGAGUUAGUGCUGAACUCCAAGUACUUCCCACCAAAGGAUAUUCUGACGGGCAAGGAGCUCUACUACGAGUACAAUGAGGAGCACCUCAAGGAACUGAUUGGCCACCUGAACGAGAUGAAGUUCAACCUGAUGGUCACCUCGCGCAACAAAUACGAGGGCGUGUGCGCCUACGAUCAGACCGAGGAGUGGUUCGGCACCGAGUAUGCCACCAUUCCGAUGCCCGAAAAGUGGCGCAAGCUGUGGGAGGACUCGAAACCGCUUCCGGAACUGUUCUUGCCCGAGCCAAAUAAAUUUGUCACGGAAGAUUUCACGCUGUUCUGGCAUUCGGCUGGAAAGCCCGAACUGCCUGCCGCGCCCAAGAAACUGCUCAAGACGGACACGUGCGAGUUGUGGUUCCGCCAGGAUGACAAGUUCGAUUUACCCGAGGCCCACAUGGCUUUCUAUUUUAUUUCGCCGCUGCAGCGACAAAGUGCCAAGAACGAUGCCAUGUGCACACUUUAUGAGGAGCUGGUAAAGUUCAACGUGUGCGAGGAACUAUAUCCAGCCAUCAGUGCCGGCCUUUCUUACACCUUUAACACAAUCGAAAAGGGUUUGCUCCUGAAAGUAAGUGGCUAUAAUGAGAAGCUCCAUCUUAUUGUGGAAGCCAUUGCCGAGGCUAUGCUUCAUGUGGCAGACACGCUCGACGAAAAGAUGCUGGCUGCCUUCCGCAAGAACCAGCGUAAGACCUUCUUCAACACCCUGAUCAAGCCAAAGGCUCUCAACAGGGACGUUCGUCUCUGUGUGCUUGAGCAAAUCCGCUGGCUGAUGAUCGACAAGUACAAGUGCCUCAACGAUAUUACUUUGGAGGAUCUGCGCGAGUUCGCGCGCCAGUUCCCGAAGGAACUGUAUAUCCAGUCUCUUAUUCAGGGCAACUACACGGAGGAAUCUGCCCACAAUGUGCUGAACACCGUGCUGAGUCGUCUUAAUUGCCAGGCGAUCAAGGAGCAGCGCUACGUGGAGGAUAGAACCAUUCAAUUGCCGCUGGGUACCAAUGUGAUCCGUUGCCACGCUCUCAACGAGCAGGAUACAAACACGGUGAUCACGAACUUCUAUCAAAUCGGGCCAAAUACAGUUCGCGUCGAGAGCAUCCUCGAUCUGAUGAUGAUGUUCGUGGACGAACCUUUGUUCGAUCAAUUGCGAACCAAGGAGCAGCUAGGCUACCAUGUGGGCGCUACAGUUAGGAUAAACUACGGCAUUGCCGGGUACUCUAUUAUGGUCAACUCGCAGGAGACAAAGACAACGGCCAACUAUGUGGAGGGUCGCAUCGAGGUGUUCCGCGCCAAAAUGCUGCAAAUUCUGCGCAACCUACCGCAGGAUGACUACGAUCACACCCGCGACUCGUUGAUCAAGCUGAAAAUGGUGGCAGACAUGGCGCUGAGCACGGAGAUGGGUCGCAACUGGGACGAGAUCAUCAACGAGGAUUACCUGUUCGAUCGCCGCCGUCGUCAAAUCGAUGUGUUGCGUACGCUCCAAAAGUCGGAGAUCAUUGAUUUCCUUCUGGACAUUGAUACCAAUAACCUGCGGAAGCUGUCCGUACAGGUGAUUGGCCAUCGACCAGUAGAUAUGCCUGAACCUUUGCCUGGUGCCCACAAUAAUUGCGAAGACGAAGAUCAUGUCGAAGAUGCUAACGAAGAUGGAGAUGGCAGUGAAACCGAAAAGGAUGAUCACGAGGAUGAGGAGGACUCAUCCGAAGAGGAGGAUGACGAGGAUCUAUUUGCGGCCCUGGAGAACAAGCUGAACGUGGUCUUCUUACCCGAAGUUGGCAAUCAAAACUGCAUACUGGAUAUUAACGAGUUCAAGAAGGGCCUGGAAGCCUAUCCCAAGCGGAAGAGCCAGCAGGAGGAGGAGGAUCAGUCACGUGCCGCUCGCAUUGAAGAUGCCCUGGGCCAGGCGUGAGAUUCUCAGGCACCAACCCACCCACCCAACCAACCAGCUAUCUCCGUUUACCUCCCAUUUCACUUUGUUUAACUAGCCAAAGGUAGAAGUUUAGUUUCACAGAAUGCAAGCUCCCUAUCGCCGACCUUCUGAACAAGUCAGUCAUUCGCUCUUAUGUUGUAACACGAGCCUCCAUUAAUAUUUCAGUUUUUACAUACAGUCCCGCAGCUAAUGACAAAUGCAUUUUGGAGUAUUGACACACCACACCGUAGAUGUUCGAUCGCACUGUCUUUCGUACUGAUUUAAUACAGAAAUAAAAAUCAAAAUUUAAA